AUGAAGGUUAUCCUCGCCAUCAAUGCCGGGUCCAGCUCGGUCAAAAUCUCAGUCUACACAUCGGAGAAGAGCGCGGUGCCCCGCGAGAUCGCAGAAGCUCAGAUCAGCGGCCUCACUGCCCCACCAGCACAGCUCACUUACAAACGUCUCGGCGAAAAGGUCAUCAAGGCCAAAGAGGUCGGCGAUGCUGUCAAGAACCAGGAGGAUGCCUUCGAUCUGCUUCUCGAUACCUUCGUCGACGAUACGGAGCUGAAGGAGAUCUCGUCCAAGAAGGAUAUUGCGAUUGCCAGCCACCGCAUCGUCCACGGCGGCGACUACGACUGCUCCCAGAUCAUCACAUCAGACACGUAUCACCACCUCGAAGAGCUCAGCGACCUCGCGCCGCUUCACAAUGGUGUCGCCCUGAGCAUUGUCGAUACAUGCAUCAAGGCGCUCCCCGAAACCGUCAAUGUCGCCUGCUUCGACUCGCAGUUCCACACAACUAUACCACCCCACAUCUACACAUAUCCCAUUAACCCCAAGAUCGCAAAGAGCAAUCGCCUGCGGAAGUAUGGCUUCCACGGCAUCAGCUACGCCUUCAUUACGCGAUCGGUAGCCGAAUACCUCAAUAAGGACGUCGGCGAGCUCAACAUGAUCGCCCUCCAUCUGGGCAGCGGUGCCAGUGCCUGCGCCAUCAAGGGAGGCAAGAGCUGGGAUACGAGCAUGGGACUGACGCCUCUGGCCGGCCUCCCAGGUGCAACCCGAAGCGGCAGUGUUGAUCCAAGUCUUGUCUUCCACUAUGCCAGCGAUGUGGGGAAGCUGUCCCCUGCCUCCACCAAACACCUUCACAUCUCGCGCGCGGAGGAGAUUCUCAACAAAGAGAGCGGAUGGAAAUCCAUGACGGGCACCACCAACUUUGGUGUUGUUGCCGAUUCGGAUGACCCCACUCACCGCCUCGCUUUUGACAUCUUUGUUGACCGCGUCUCGGCCUUUAUUGGAUCCUACUUUGUCUCUCUGGAAGGCCGCGUUGACGCUCUUGUCUUUGCCGGUGGGAUCGGCGAGCACAGCGCCAAGCUCCGGGCCGCUGUGGUCGAGCGAGUCUCUUGUCUAGGUUUUGCGAUUGAUGAGACUCGCAACCAGGAGCCCCUCAAGGACGUGGUCCAGGAGCUUGGCAGUCCCGACGCCUCUCAACGAGUGCUUGUCUGCCAGACGGACGAGCAACUUGAGAUGGCCAGGCUAUGCGCAGAAAAGGAAGACCUGUGGUAA